ACGGUGGCAGGCUAGCGGCCCGCGGCAGACGGCAGUCGGUGCAUGACGUUCGCAGUGCGCGGUUCGUCGCGCACGUGCGCGGCAACAUGUCGCGACCCUUAGUGAUGUUAGUGCUUUUGAUGCAGUUUAUUAUCAAUGCCUCUCAAGCUGUGGACCACCCGGACAUAUGUGAACGAGAUUACUGUGAAUGCACCCCCGCAAGUCACCCCAAUUGGCUGGUCGUCAACUGCACUCUUUCAAAUGAUCAGGAGUUGGACAUUUCUGAGGGCGAACUUCCCGACACCACGACUGACCUGAUUAUAACUGGAGCCCAAGCAGUGACCAUUAACCCGAACGCUCUAUCCCGACUCAGCGAUGCGAGACUUGUUCAUAUAUCAGAUACAAAGUCAAUACUUAUAAGAAAGUCUUCCGCCAUGCGAAUGAACAUCGUCAACCUAUACCUCGACAUAAGCAAAUGUGAAGUUCUACGCUUUGAAGAGAGAAGCUUUAUCAAUAUAAAAGAUCAAAUUGAAAAACUUGUCGAUAUCUGAAUUUGCCGGACAGACAUUCGGUUCGUCAGCUGCAUUGAUAUCUAUGGUGGGGGUUCAAGUACGAGCAAUUCGGCCGGAAGCC